AUGAAAGAGCAAACUAACUCGAAGGGCUCACUUAUUGAGCUGGAUAUGGACAGGAGUGGUUUUCCGUAUGUUUGUUGGAUUUUUCUACUUUACAUAGAACACACAUAUUCCUUUGGUAGAAAUCAAAAAGAUAAAAUUCUCCUCAUUUCCGCAGAGUAUGCUUCUUAUGAUAUAAUUUCAUCACCCGAUGCCCAUUUUCCAGCUUUCCAAUUUUUUUUAAGUGAAAGUUGUUUUGUAAACAAAAUUACUAUGCAGGGCUUUAAUACUUCCGCUGAUGUGCAUUCCGCUAUUCUGUCUGGUGGUUUGUAUUACCCCCCAAGUUCUAACUAUGCGACCGCAAAUAAAUGCGAUUCGAUAAUACAUUCCAAACUUUCUCCGAAUUUCGAACCCCUCUGGCUUACUAACCAACGUCAAGGAAUGAAAAGUGGCUCAUUUUACUGGCCCGAUGGUUUCGUGUCUGUUAAUAAAUCCCGUCCUGAUUUUAUAGCUGGCAUUAAUCCUACACCAAGAAACGCGUACUUUGACAUUGAAAAGAUUCACCAGUGGCUUCAUAAUCCUUCCAUUACUUUCAUAUCUAUAUAUAUUCCUUCUCAACCCACUUUAAGAGACUCGAGAUUUUUGUCUAAUUAUGCCGAAUAUGUUGAUGGAUUUCUCUCAACCAUUUUAUCAACUAUCAGAAAGUCACCCAAAUUGAAUUGCUCAGUUAGUGUUGUUUUUAUUGGUGGUACCGCCGUCGUUAAUAAUCGUAAUGAUUUUGAAAUUGUGCCAAUACACAAAAUUUUUAAACACUGGCCUUUAUCAGCGUUUGGCAAUCACUUCAAGCAAUCCUCUUUACUUGAAUUCUGGCCCACUCCUGAUGAAUUAGAUGGAGGUGAUCGACUACUUCUUAAUGCAAAAAACCCAGAUUAUCUCUCCUGCAGUACAACAGAAUUUCGCAAACGAAAUCCCAACCUCGAUGUGGGUCUUCUGCCUCCAUAUUAUCUUGUUGCUGAGUCAGGUAAACUUCUUGAAGUUAGUAUGGAUUCGUAUGAACAAGCAAUAACUUCGUUGCCUCAACUUAGUCCUUUCGUUCUCCUCUGGGGUAAGGCGUUCACAACCUCUCCAGAAGUCUGCGGUGCAAGGCAAAUCGAAUCGAACGAACCGAAUUCUCCCAUUCAACUCUAUGAUAUCUACCCCAUGAUAUGUUGGGCUCUGGGCAUACAACAACCCUGGUUUAACUGGGGAAAACUCUCUCGAGUUAAGAGAUACUUAAAAAAUCAGCCCCUCGAUAAGGAAAUUGAAGAAUUCGAAGGCCGAUGUAGAGACUGGAGCAAAGCAAAGAAGGGGAGAAUAUUCGGAAAAAAGGGCGGUUUCGUCGUGCAGUCACUUCCUAUUUUAGGUGGCCUUAUUGGGGCAUUAGCUCUCUUCCUUGCCAUAACGCUAGUCGUCUGUGCUCUGAAAUACCAUCGUCGACACGGCUCCUUCCAUCUUAUUAGCAAGAACAUGGCAAGUGUUCGCUACCGCAAAUAUCGAUCCCAAAGACCUUGGCUCGGCUUUGGACCAACAUCCAAUUCUCGUAGUCAUCGGGGUCUCCUUAGAAACCAGAGCGACAGUAGUAGAUUCGCUUUAGACGAAUCGGAGGAAGAGGAAGUGCUGAUGUAUUGUGAUCCCCUCAGCGCUCGGGAUGAGCAAAGGCAACGGAAAGAAAAUGCUGAUGUCUUCAUUCAAAUGCUUCACAGCCCAACGUAA